UGGUGGCAAUGGAGGUCGUACCAUGUACAGUACUAGGAAAAUUCGUUUAAUAACAGAACAGGUAAACCACAUGCAACACGGUCAACGCCCAGCAGACUAAACUAAGAAACGAGAUUUGCCUUCAUAAUCUCCGGAGGAGAAGAGAAGAAGAGAAACAAAUUAAAGGUUAAAUCUUGAGAUUCUUGACCCAAAAGAAAACAAAAAAUGUCUGAUUUAGUGAAAGCAGGUUUGGGCAAGUAUCUCCUGCAACUCUACUUACAUCCUCUUCGGACCAAGGCAAUCACUGCUGGAGUUCUGGUUGGGUGUAGUGAUGUGGUUGCCCAGAAGAUUUCUGGGGUCAAAAGGCUUCAACUGAAAAGAUUGCUUCUUUUAGCUUUGUAUGGGUUUGUAUACUCAGGGCCCUUUGGGCAUUUUCUGCAUAAGUUGAUGGAUUCUUUGUUCCAAGGGAAGCAGGGUAGCAAAACUGUUGCUAAAAAGGUCUUGCUGGAACAGCUGACUGCAUCUCCUUGGAACAACAUGCUUUUCAUGGUGUACUAUGGCUUAGUGGUUGAAGGAAGGCCAUGGAGUCUCGUGAAAAGUAAGGUCCUAAAGGACUAUCCCUCGGUGCAAUUGACUGCUUGGAAGUUCUGGCCUAUAGUCGGGUGGAUCAACUACCAGUACUUGCCCCUGCAGUUGCGCGUUUUGUUCCACAACAUUGUCGCCUCGUGCUGGGCAAUCUUUCUGAACUUGAAGGCAAGAUCUGUUGCAAUCAAGAAGGAAUAAAGUGGAUGAAGAAUUGAAGAGUAGUGUUGUUAUGCCCUUUUUUCUUGUUUGCUCUCUUCUUCUUGUCCCAUGAUUCAGCUUGCAGAUUGUAAAAUUACAAUAAAUCCAAUCCCUGUCUUGGCAAGGAUUAGUUGCAGUUUUUAUGAAAAAAUAAAAAUAAAACUCUUCUGGUACAAUAAA